GGUAGAGUGUACUCCUUUUCCCCAACCCAAUUGAAUUAAGUUCUCUUCGCUCAUCACGUCACUGCCUUUACAAGAAAGAUGGGUACUGUCGACGCCAAUGCACAGUCAUCCUCCUCUCUCAUCAAAGAUUUCAUCCACAAAUGCGGCGGCGUUGCCGUGAUCGACGGCGGCUUCGCGACGGAGCUGGAACGUCAUGGCGCCGACCUCAAUGAUCCUCUUUGGAGCGCCAAAUGUCUCCUCACUGAUCCUCACCUCGUCCGCGCCGUACACUUGGAUUACCUUGAAGCUGGUGCAGAUAUUAUACUCAGUUCAUCUUAUCAGGCAACUAUCCAGGGGUUUAAGGCCAAAGGAUAUUCUCUAGAAGAAAGUGAAUCCUUGCUCAAAAGGAGUGUUGAGAUUGCGUGUGAAGCACGAGAUGUCUACUAUACUAGAUGCUGUAAAUCUUUGUCUGAUCAUAGCACUGAUGGAAAGGUUCUCAAACAGCGUCCUAUCUUAGUUGCGGCAUCUGUUGGGAGUUAUGGGGCCUAUUUAGCUGAUGGUUCUGAAUACAGUGGGGAAUAUGGGGAUGCAAUUGAUCUCAAGUUUCUAAAGGAUUUUCAUCGAAGAAGGGUUCAGCUUCUUGCAGAAUCUGGUGCUGAUCUAAUAGCUUUUGAGACUGUGCCAAAUAAACUAGAAGCACAGGCUUUUGUCGAGCUUCUUGAGGAAGAAGACAUAAAGACUCCUGCCUGGUUAUCCUUCAACUCUAAAGAUGGUAUAAAUGUGGUUAGUGGUGAUUCUUUAUCAGAAUGUGCUGCAAUUGGUGAAUCAUGUGAAAAGGUUUUAGCUGUUGGAAUCAACUGUACUCCUCCUAGAUUUAUUCUGGAUCUUAUUCGAUCCAUCAAUCAGGUAACAACAAAGCCAAUCCUUAUAUACCCCAAUAGUGGUGAGAGUUACGAUGGUGAUCGGAAGGAGUGGGUGCGUAAUACUGGGAUAGCAGAUGAAGAUUUUGUUCCUUAUGUUAAUAAAUGGUGUGAGGCCGGAGCAUCCCUAGUAGGAGGUUGCUGCAGAACUACUCCGAAUACCAUUAGAGAAAUACACCAUGCACUCUCCAGCCGACGUACUGUCUAAUCCGAGGAGAACAAAAUAGGGGCAUCUAACUUAAAAACAAGACAAGAUCUUGUGUCUAGUUCGAAAGAAUUGUUUCCAUCUCUAGUAAAACUGGAUGGCCUACGUUUCAGAAGAGGUUUCUGCCCUAACUGGAGUCAGGGCAAUAAAACGUCCUCCGAUCGACCUAAGCUGUUUGUCAGUGGUGUAACAUAUUUGUGGUACGCGCAGGGUGUUCAAAAGAUCUAUGAAAUUUAAGGUUUUUGGGAACGUGCAAGGAUUUGAGCACUUGUAGUCUGUAGUUGCUCAAUGAAUGUACUGUUCUAUCAAGAACCAUAACUAUGUUAGUAUUUACUUUUGUAUUAUUGUGUUUAGAACUUCAUUUUUCCAUAUUGAAAGUUCCAAGAUUUGAACCCUGAUCUUACCAA